GCGCUCGGGCCGCUCGGCUCGGACCCCACUGGGAGCUACUGCGCUACCCCUCGCUGCGGCUCGGACAAUAAAUUAAAGCUUCGCGCCGGAGGGGAGGGGGCGACUCGGCGGCGGCUUCCCCAAGCCUGGCUAGAGCAGGUCUUCGCCGACAUGGGCUGUUUCUGCGCUGUUCCGGAAGAAUUUUACUGCGAAGUUUUGCUCCUGGAUGAAUCCAAGCUAACGCUCACUACACAGCAGCAGGGCAUCAAGAAGUCAACGAAAGGUUCCAUUGUCCUUGACCAUGUAUUCCGUCACAUAAACCUUGUGGAGAUAGAUUAUUUUGGCCUGCGUUUCUGUGACAGAAGCCAUCAGACGUAUUGGCUGGAUCCUGCAAAAACCCUUGCUGAACACAAAGAACUGAUCAACACUGGACCUCCAUACACACUGUAUUUUGGUAUUAAAUUCUAUGCUGAAGAUCCAUGUAAACUGAAAGAAGAAAUAACCAGAUAUCAGUUUUUCUUGCAGGUGAAGCAGGACGUCCUUCAGGGCCGGCUGCCCUGCUCUGUCAACAUUGCUGCUCAGCUGGGAGCGUAUGCUGUCCAGUCGGAACUUGGAGAUUACGACCCAUAUAAGCACACUGCGGGAUACGUGUCAGAAUACCGGUUUGUUCCUGAUCAGAAGGAGGAACUUGAAGAAGCCAUAGAAAGGAUCCACAAAACUCUAAUGGGUCAGGCUCCUUCUGAAGCUGAGCUGAAUUACUUGAGGACUGCCAAAUCCCUGGAGAUGUAUGGCGUUGACCUCCAUCCCGUCUAUGGAGAAAACAAGUCUGAAUAUUUUUUAGGACUAACUCCAGUUGGCGUUGUUGUCUAUAAGAAUAAAAAACAAGUGGGGAAAUAUUUCUGGCCUCGAAUUACGAAGGUUCAUUUCAAGGAAACUCAGUUUGAACUCAGAGUACUGGGGAAAGAUUGCAAUGAAACUUCAUUCUUUUUUGAAGCACGGAGUAAAACUGCUUGCAAGCAUCUCUGGAAAUGCAGUGUCGAAUAUCAUACAUUUUUUAGAAUGCCAGAAACUGAAUCCAAUUCGUUGUCAAGAAAACUCAGCAAGUUUGGAUCCCUAAGUUAUAAGCACCGAUACAGUGGCAGGACUGCGUUACAGAUGAGUCGAGAUCUUUCUAUCCAGCUUCCCCGGCCUGAUCAGAAUGUGGCAAGAAGUCGAAGCAAGACUUACCCUAAGAGGACAGCGCAAACACAGCCAGCUGGCUCAAACAGCAUCAGCCGGGUAACUGCAAACAUAGAAAAUGGAGAAAACAUGGGAACAACGAAAAUUAUUGCACCUUCACCAGUAAAAAGCUUUAAAAAAGCAAAGAAUGAAAACAGUCCCGAUACCCAAAGAAGCAAAUCUCAUGCACCAUGGGAAGAAAAUGGCCCCCAGAGUGGGCUCUACAACUCUCCCAAUGACCGUGCUAAAUCACCAAAGUUCCCCUGCCCGCGUCGCCGAAACCCGUCCUGUGGAAGCGACAAUGACGCUGUGCAGCCCGUGAGGAGAAGGAAAGCCCAUAAUAGUGGUGAAGACUCAGAUCUAAAGCAAAGGAGGAGGUCACGCUCACGCUGUAACACAAGCAGUGGUAGUGAAUCAGAAAAUUCAAAUAGAGAGCACCGGAAGAAGAGAAACAGAAUACGUCUAGAGAAUGAGAUGGUUGACUCAGCACCUCAGUGGGAAGCCAUAUUACGGAGACAAAAAGAGAAAAACCAGUCGGAUCCCAACAACAGGCGAUCUAGACACCGAUCUCGCUCGAGAAGCCCCGAUAUUCAAGCAAAAGAAGAACUGUGGAAGCACAUUCAAAAGGAGCUCGUGGAUCCAUCUGGAUUGUCAGAAGAGCAACUGAAAGAGAUUCCAUACACUAAGAUAGAGACUCAGGGUGACCCAGUCCGGAUCAGGCAUUCCCAUUCACCACGAAGCUACCGCCAGUAUCGCAGGUCUCAGUGUUCAGACGGAGAGCGCUCUGUUCUUUCGGAAGUAAAUUCAAAGACAGAUCUUGUACCACCACUUCCGGUGACACGUUCUUCGGAUGCUCAGGGCUGUGGUGGCUCUACAGUUCAUCAGAGAAGAAAUGGGUCUAAAGAUAGCUUGAUUGAAGAAAAAUCUGCAAGCAAUCUGGCUGGAAAGCACAGGGCAAAAACAGUAAAAACUAUCCAAGCUGCGCGCCUCAAGAUUGAGACUUGAUCCUGGUGAAAGCCAGGGACAGCAGUGGAGAGGGUGUGCGCGCCACUGGUACUGCUCAAACUGUGAAUCAGACCAAGUAUCUCGGGCCUGCCAAGUGCUCCUUCAGCCUAGGAAGAGCUCUUUUGAAUAUGACUGCAGCAUACUUGUGCUGAAGGGCCUUAACUGAAGGAGAGUGCUCUUGUAAAGUUAACUUGAUGCCACAUCUUCCUUCCUCAAACAGGUAGCAGCCAAGUAUCUUGUGGCUGCAUCUACGAGAUUACUUCUGAUGGACAUUCUGGAAUUCUGGACUGCAGCGAACUUGCUGUGCAAUAGUGGGAAGAAAGUCUUCUUCCCAGAUCUAGUGGCUUUCAGCCAAUGCUGAGGUGCCCAAGGACUGAGCGGUCACUCUCAGAUUGCAGAUGUUUGUAUUCUUAAAUCCUUUGUAGUAUUGUAUUUUGUGGCAUUGAGUUCCACUGGUAUUUACAAAUGUAAAAAGCUUUAAGUGUUGCUUUUAAUUUUGAAAGUGUCCUUGUGUUUUCUCUACAAAAGAAAAGGUUAAGUGUGGAUUUCACUCCCUUGGUCUCCCAGUUUGGCCACCUAACUUGCCUGCUGGCCUGGACCUUUUCCCUCUAGGGACAAUAGAAGCAUUUACGCCAGAUUUCCUCACCAGUCCCCAUCAGCCCUAACCCUCCACCCUUCCCUUUUUCUCUGCCUGUGCUUUGGGUUUCCUCUUGGUCUCCCCAGGUUCCCUGUUUCUGCUCUGCGUUGUGAAAUGUGUUUAGCCUUUUCUUUCACCAGUUAGUUACCUUUAUCAUACGCUAUUAAACCUGUGACUGCCAUAACAACCCAACUUUCAGUCACAGAUCCUUGUCUAACUGCAAUUUCCUUUUCCUGCUCAGCUAAAUUUCUUAAAAGGAUUUCACUCAAGUGUUCUCAGUUCUAGUAUCUUAAAUUAUCUUCAAAAUGGAUUUUUUCACUACCUGUUAUUAAAGUCUCCCCUAGGCCUUGCAACAUUCUCUUCCUUCACAAAUCUCAGUUUGUUCUACUACUCUGACCACCUUAAUUUUACCCUUCCAUUAUUGGGAGUUUUUUCUCCAAACCUUACACCUAGGUUUACACACAGAGCCUUAAGGUUUAUUUUUGUAGCCUGGACUCCAGAGCAGUUAUGAGGCCACCUGGAUUUUUGAAAGGUCUCAACUAGUGCAAACACUGCCUACCAGCUAAGUUUAGGACCACCAUCCUUGUAACCACGCAAGCCUCUCACUAUGGACACCUGUACCAUCACUGUCUGUUGACUCCCAUUCAUUUCACCAGCACUCUGAUCCAAGCUGGUCUUGGUUAGAUCCAACUGUGAUAGUCUCUUAAUUGGCCUGCCUGCAUUUAAUUGUUUUCCACUGGAUUUUCGUUUCUUGCUUUUAAAAACCCAAGCCUUAACUGGUCUGGCCUCUAUCUACCUACCUCUUUCAGCUCAUUUGGUGACACACUUCUAGCUCUCCCAACAGCCAUCUAACAAGCUUCACUCAGUGCAAUCACACCUCUUACCCAGGGCAGUUAAGAGGGGAAACAGCUAAACUGUCAGACAACACUUUCCCUUACCCAAGGAUUUGCAUGUCACCCCCAGCAGUGCCUCUUUUGGUUUGCAAAAAUGGCACCUACCUUGACUGUCAACUCUGCUUUUCUCAGGUUUCCCUCACUUGGUCAAAUCCUAUCACAAAACUUGUUUGUGAUUCCUAUUUCUGUUGUUCAGCUCUAAGCUCCCAGAAGGAGCAACUGUGUUCUGCUUACUGUGCUUUCAGCUCCUAGUGCAGUGCUUUCAAUAAAUUUUUUCUGAAUGCCUGAAAA